GCGGUGCAGCAGUUCGGGGACGUCCUGCUUCGCUCGUGGCUGUUCGAGCUGCCUAUAGCCGGAGCCCGAGCCGCCGGCGCGGCAGCACUGCGCGAGGCCCGCGCUGUCGGCGCCAAAUUCGCGAGGCUCGAGGGCCCCGUCGCCGUCGACGCCCUGACCCGAAACGACCGCAGCGACCUCGAGCUGGAGGAGCUCCCCAUCGUGGUGCACGCCGUCUGCCUCCCUUACGACGCCGGCUCGCUCGCCUCCGCAGACGAUGUCUCGGUGGCGCUGCGGUCGGCCCUUGGCGAGGAAUUGCCAGCAGACGCGGGCUGCGCGGAGGUCUCGCCCGCGUUCCUGGCGAGACUCCCCGAGAGUUGCGCGGUGGACGAGGUGAUCCAGUUCUUCGACUUAGCUGGCGGGUCUGCCCAGCCGGACCUGCUCGAGCUGGCCGAUCUGGCCCCGCAGCCCGACGACUGGAACGUCGGGGCGACUCGGGGCGACUCGGGGCGCAUCGGCUUCCAGCUCUCCGUCGACGGGCAGACCGAUAGGGAGAGGUGCCUCACCGCCGACGAGCACGAUGGCGAGGGCAUGGUGGACUACGAGGUCAACGCAGCCCGCGAGGCCGCCGCGCAGGAGUGGGCAG